CUGAGUCAUUACUCGGCAAGUAUGGCGCAGGAGUGCGAGCGUUUCAUUCGAUGCUACUUCCAUCUUGGUUUAACUUACGAGGAAAUUCUGAACAUCCUCCUAUUUAAUCACAAUAUAUUAAUAAGUAAGCGAACACUGAGUCGAAAAUUGAGAAACCUGGGUCUGUUUCGUCGAAAAUAUCACACAGACGUGAUAGAUAUUGCCUGCUUUCUGCAACAAGAGCUGCAACAGUCUGGAAACCUACACGGCUACCGAUGGAUGCAUCUAAAGUGCAUCCAAAAUGGCAUCAACACAGAUAAAGAAACGGUCCGCCUGUUGCUUGGAAUUUUGGAUCCAGAUGGAGUCGAAAUAAGGGCAAGAAAAAAGUUGCAAAGACGGCUGUAUCAAGUUCGAGGACCAAAUUAUAUGUGGCAUGUUGACUCGUAUGAUAAACUGAAACCUUACGGGAUCUGCAUUAAUGGAUGUAUUGAUGGUUUCUCUAGGCGUGUUUUGUGGCUUGACGCAUAUACAACAAGUAGUGACCCUGCUGUCAUUGCGGGAUAUUACAUGAACACGGUUCGUUCUCAGAUGGGAUGCCCAAGAAUCAUUAGAGCUGAUCAUGGAACAGAAAACACACACAUCCGACAGAUGCAGCAGUUUCUUCGAAGGAGUCAGGAUGACGCAUUUGCUAAAGACAAGAGUUUCAUGCAAGGAACCAGUCAAAAUAAUCAAAGAAUUGAGUGUUGGUGGGGCAUGCUUAGAAAACACUUCACUCAGUUUUGGAUGGACCUCUUCGCCCAAAUAAAAGAAGAAGGCCACUUCAGUGGGGAUCAUCUGGAUAAGUCACUGCUGCAGUUUUGCUUUUUGAAUAUGAUCCAGGGCGAACUAGACACUGUUGUAAAGGAAUGGAACGCCCAUCGCAUCGCUCCCUCCAGAAACCGCCAUGGCCCAUUUGGUCGCCCUCUUGUAAUGCAUACCAUGCCACAGCUUUAUGGAGCAGAGAACUUCCUGGUAGAGGUGCAACAAGAUGAAAUUGAUGUAUGCAGCAGUGAGUGCAUCUUUAAAGGCCGAUACCCAUGCGACAAAGAUGUGUUCGACCUUUGUUCAAUCAUGAUGGAAGAACGACUGAUGUCUGUGCCAAGUACAGUGGAAGAAGGAAUAAACUUGUACAAUAGUCUCAGAAGGAUGAUUCUAGAUGAGAUAGACCUGUAGGCCACCUAUGUGUCCCAAAACUGUGUCUUCCAGUAAUUAUAUAACAAUUAAUCCCUGGUUGCCUUGAAAUCUGUAACUUAUGUUUUCCUGCAGCAAACAUGAUUUAAUUAAGAGACAUGUGAUUUCAAUUCUUCACUUUCGGUUUGUCCUCUUCUACAGCACAAACUUCGUGGGAAAGUAGGGUAUAGGGUCCAACUUCAAGGGUGAACAGAUAAAUAAACUAAAAAAACCCAGAGAGAUACCGAGAUGUACUCAAGAUAACGCUCUUUAUUGUUAACAUGCAACACUUUGAAACAUUAGGAGGUAUAACUGGAAAAUUUAACACAAUUCUCAGGAUUUUGAUCAACAUACAUGUAAUUUGACAUGCAGAUAAAAAAUAAUUUUUAAUCAUAAUACAUGGGCCAUUAAACUAAAAAUGUGAGCAAUCUUACUUUCAAAGUCCGUUUCAUUUCGUACUAAAUCAACAAGGGUCAUUUUUAAAGUGUACCAGCUAUGAGGUUGUCCAACAAAUUGGCAGCUGUUAUUAAUAAGAACUAUGAUUUUAAUCUUGUUGUAUUUAAGUGUUUCAUUUUUUAUGCAUAAUAUUUGUCAACAGUUAUAAUAAUCCAAUUCAAGCUCAAUUUUAUGAAAGUUUUUUUUUGGCAAUUUUCCUUUUAAUCCUUAAAAAUUGAGUAAACAUCUUGGAGAUUAUCUAAUUAUAUUUCUGCAUUUUGUUUAUGAUGGAGAAAUAAACGAGAUUUGAACACAUCAUUGUACAUCAUUUGCACAUUACUGCACCAAUUAUGAAUCAUGAUUUGUAUACAAAAGUCUUGGAGAAUUUAAUUACACUGCCCUUUUGUGAAUCUCCUAUAAAAGAUGGUUUAAACUUAUGCAACCUGAUUGUAAUGAAUGGUACUUCAAAAAGUUUGGCAUUAAAUUAUACCACACCAUUUACGUUACAAAGUCAUAAAUUGGGCUGAAAGGUCUCUUGUAAAACCAACAUUGUCUAUGUAAGAUAUGGAGCUUAUUGUAAUUUUAGAUUGAAAUGCAAACCUUUAAUAUUGCCUAUUUUUUUACAAACAAGUUUGUUCGAUGACAAAAACAUAAAUAGGCACACCCUUGGUUGAGCUAAUGUGAUGAUUAAAAGUGUGAUUUACAAAAAAACACA